AUGGCCAACUCCUGCUGCUUGCCUUGCUGCCAGCCUUCCUGCAGCACGACCAGCUGCUGUAAGCCAACCUGUGUGACCAGCUGCUGCCAGCCCUGCUGUAAGCCCAGCUGCUGUGAAACCACCUGCUGCAAGACCACCUGUUGUAAGCCAACGUGUGUGACCAGCUGCUGCUGUCCACCCUGCUGCAAGCCCAGCUGCUGUGAAACCACCUGCUGCAAGACCACCUGUUGUAAGCCAACGUGUGUGACCAGCUGCUGCUAUCCACCCUGCUGCAAGCCCAGCUGCUGUGAGACCACCUGCUGCAAGACCACCUGCUGUAAGCCAACCUGUGUGACCAGCUACUGCUAUCCACCCUGCUGCCAGCCCAGCUGCUGUGAAACCACCUGCUGCAAGACCACCUGCUGUAAGCCAACCUGUGUGAACAGCUGUUGCUGUCCACCCUGCUGCAAGCCCAGCUGCUGUGAGACCACCUGUUGCAAGACCACCAGCUGUAAGCCAACCUGUGUGACCAGCUGCGGCUGUCCACCCUGCUGCAAGCCCAGCUGCUGUGAGACCACCUGCUGCAAGACCACCUGCUGUAAGCCAACCUGUGUAACCAGCUGCUGCUGUCCACCCUGCUGCAAGCCCAGCUGCUGUGAGACCAUCUGUUGUAAGCCAACCUGUGUGACCAGCUGCUGCUGUCCACCCUGCUGCAAGCCCAGCUGCUGUGAGACCACCUGCUGCAAGACCACCUACUGUAAGCCAACCUGUGUGAACAGCUGUUGCUGUCCACCUUGCUGCCAGCCCAGCUGCUGUGAGACCACCUGCUGCAAGACCACCUGCUGUAAGCCAACCUGUGUGACCAGCUGCUGCUGCACACCCUGCUGCCAGCCCAGCUGCUGUGAGACCACCUGUUGCAAGACCACCUGCUGUAAGCCAACCUGUGUGACUAGCUGCUGCUGUCCACCCUGCUGCAAGCCCAGCUGCUGUGAGACCACCUGUUGCAAGACCACCAGCUGUAAGCCAACCUGUGUGACCAGCUGCUGCUGUCCACCCUGCUGCAAGCCCAGCUGCUGUGAGACCACCUGUUGCAAGACCACCUGCUGUAAGCCAACCUGUGUGACCAGCUGUUGCUGCACACCCUGCUGUCAACCCAGCUGUUGUGAAAUCUGCUACUGUCGGCCUUGCUGUUGUGAGCCCUGCUGCUGCCAGCCCUGCUGCUGUGAGCCCUGCUGCUGCCAGCCCUGCUGCUGUGAGUCCUGCUGCUGCCAGCCCAGCUACUCUGGUGCUUCCAGCCCUGCUGCUGAGUCCAGCUGCUGCCAGGCCUACUGCUCAUCAACUUUCCAGCUGAACAAUGCCCAGACAACUGUCCUUGUGUCUCACCAGUCUCUCUAUGUCCCAUGGUCUUCUGAGGCUAUGACCACUCGGAAGACUAUCAGUCACCUUGAUGGAAUGCAAAUCCACUCACUCUCACUCUCCUUUCUCUCUAGCACAGGUGAGGGACUGCUUACAGGAGCAUGGGUGUGCCUCCCUGAAAAAGGCUACACUGGAAUGUCUUUACCUAGCAGCAUUGAGGGCUUUCCCAUAGCUGAAUAG